GGUUUGCACUCUUCUCAGUUCUAUAGUAUAUACCACCCUUCUCUUGGGUGAUUCUCACAUUGCGAGCGAGACAAUAAAGUAAAAACACUACAGCCCUCUAUACAACAAAAUUGGGAGAGCAUAGGGAAUGCCACGCUUCAGCUAGCGUCGCGUUACUUCUCAGCCACCUCUCCUUCGUCCGCAUACACAGCAGGAAAAGCAGAGCAACAAGCUAAAAUGUUAACGCAACUAUUGUUGCGCUUUGUAUUGGGGUUCUGCUUGGCUAUUAUUUAUAUUACUGUUGUUGGUGUGUACGCUUUGUAGGAUGUCUAUGCGUCGCUAUGUCAAGCCGUAUGCUACGUAUUUGUUUAACUGCUUUACUAUUUCGAAAGACUGGACGAAGGCGUAGAGAGAGAGCGGCAGCGUUGAAAUGAAAACGCGUAGGAUUGAUUACUGGCGCUGUAGCUGCACCGCUGCUGCAGCCGCUGCUGCGAAGGAGAACAACAAAAGGCAAAAGGCAAUUGUUUGCUGGCAUUCAAGGCAGCAGAAAUGACUUUUUGACUUCGACACACAUUGGCGCUUACGAAUAUGCCUUGUUGCUUGCGUGGCAAUUCGUAUGAUUGCGUGUGUGUGUGUUGGUGAGCUCGUGAAUUUGUGUGCUUGCAUUAAUUUCCCUUUUUGAGAGGAAUGAGGAUCGUGCUAUUGCCGCCGGUAUAGCCUACCGCUUCUUUCUCCUCUUUCCGUUUCGUAAAGUUUCGUCAUCUGUUGCUGUGUUGGUCGCUACCGCUGCUGCUGGCUGACAUCGUGACUGCUGCUCCGUUGCGCUUGUUCGCCAGGCUCACUAAGCAGUAUGAAUUUAGUCGCCGUGUGUCAUAGUGGUGUUGUUGGUCCAGUAUACGCGCGUGUGUUGUCUAAUUAAGGGGAAGAGCAGUAAAGUUAGUGAUUAAGGAAAAGCAAAAUAAACAUAACUUCUGCUUAGAUAUUAUUACAGCAAAUGCAAUUUUACGCAAUACGAUAACGUUACAACAACAUGUUUCAUGAUUUCAAAAUAAGAGUGUUUUGUGAAAAAUAAACAAAAAUAUUAAAAACGAAAUUUUGUCUAAAGUGAUUUUUAAAAGGCCUUUAGAAGCUAAAAAGUCACAGAAUUGUUGGUGUUUUCUAAAAGUGAGAGAUUUAUGAAGUGCUUCGGUGUUUGGUGAAUGGCAACUUUUCGACGAAAAUACUGCUACAACGAGUUUUUGAAAAACUUGUUCAACGUUUGAAAGGAAAAAAGGAAUGUGCAUUAUUUUUCAUUCACCGAGAAAUUUACAAGGAACAACAACGCGACGCACGGACGCUUUGUAAUUUCGUAACUUUUCUGGAAAUUGGAUCCAAUUAAGAAACAUUUGCUUCUACAUAUUUUACGCGGUGGCUAAUCAUAAUUUGUGCUAGCUAGCUUAGUCUGGCAUAAAUAAUUUAAUUUAACAACAAAUUUAUACUCCUCAACGUUAAAGGGUUGUGAGCAUAUCACAGCCAAAGAAAAAAGCCUACAAAUGAAGAUGGCAUCCCAAAGAUUUUGCCUACGAUGGAAUAACCAUCAAAGCAACUUAUUAUCUGUGUUCGAUCAGUUGCUACACGCCGAGACAUUUACGGAUGUCACGCUGGCCGUCGAUGGACAAUACUUAAAAGCACACAAGAUGGUUCUAUCUGCCUGUAGUCCGUAUUUUAAUGCGCUUUUCGUACACCAUCCCGAAAAGCAUCCAAUUGUCAUUUUAAAGGAUGUACCAUACUCCGACAUGAAAUCUCUGCUCGACUUUAUGUAUCGCGGUGAAGUUUCUGUGGAUCAGGAACGUCUCACCGCUUUCUUGCGUGUCGCCGAAUCAUUACGUAUUAAAGGUUUAACCGAAGUGAAUGAUGAUAAACCAUCACCGGUUGCGCCAACGCCACCACCACCACAACUACAACGUAUUCAACCGUAUUUGGUACAACAACAGCAACAUCAACGUAGUAAAUCACAGAAUAGUUUAUUGGCUGGUUCAAACGCCGGUGCUGGUGGCAUGGCUGGUGGCCAAACAAUGGCUGGCGGCCAACAUACGCAGCAACAACAGUCGCUGUUGAGUUCAGCACUUGCAUCGAUGCCGAAAAGAAAACGUGGUAGGCCACGGAAAUUGUCGGGCAGCUCCAAUGGUACCGGAAAUGAUUAUGAUGAAUUUGAACGUGAUGGCAUGAUGAAUGAUUCUGAGAUGGGCGAUUGCAAAAUGGGCGAUUCUUAUUCAGGCAAUGAUGAUGCUUCAGAUGACAAUCAACGUGACGCCGGCGAUAUGCGUGAUCCAAGCGAGAGCCGAGACUCCGUUUCCCACAGCAAGAAAUUCAAAUCAAAAGACAACAAAUCUAAGCAAAAUGAAAAUGAUAACAGCACCUCCGUACAACUUAUAAAUGCAACGCCCGAAUUAUCACAAAGACUCUUUGGCUUGAUGAAACCGGCAGUUACUGUCCAACCGCAACAACAACAACCAGCACAAAAGGAUUCAAAUGAAUCUGCCGUCACACAAACAUCACUGCUACAGUUUAAUGAGCCACAAGAAGUUGCCACACAUCUGCCCACUGCCUUGGGACUGAAAGUACGUAAUGCACUGCAAUUAACUGCUUCACCGCUACAACAACAGCAGCAACAACAGAGUAGCACUCAGAACUCCAAUUCACUGUUGAAGCAGCAAUUGCGCGCUGGUUUAAAGGAAAUAUCGAAUAAUGCAUCAAACGAAGCAAUGGCCAUUAGUAGCGCCGAUUUUAGCUGUUCAGCACUACAAUCGCUAGCAAGUGUCGCCGAACGCCAAACGCCGAAUGCAAUACAGCCACCGUCUGCCAAUAAUUUGCACCACCAGUUCUUGUUACACAUGGCCGCGAACCCGAUGCUAAAGCCAACUGCUGAUUUCUUUCGACAACCACAACAGCAAGAACAAACAACUACGCAAGAGCAACAGCAAUCACAAGGCAAACAAUCGCAAACACAAUCCCAACUGUUGCAGCAUACAGCAGCUGCUCAGCCGACACAAUUACUCGAGCAGGAAUUGCAACGUGAAGACAGCAUGUCGCCCACAAAUAUGGAUCUCAUACUCGAUCAUACUGAUAAAUCGGAGCCGGAAUUAACGUUAGCGGAUGAAACGGCCGGUCUAGAAUACAAAAACAAUGACAUGUCGCAUGAAAACAACGAUGAUGCUGUCGCUAUAACAACAAUAACAAUCGGUGACGGGCCUGAUAAUGAGACCGUGAGCGCACAAACCACCACAGCAGCGAUAACAACAACAAAUGCACGUACAGGCGCCACAACACGUCGGCCGGCGCAGCGACGGCGAAUACGACGAAAAGCACAAUCCACAAUCGACGAUCAAGCCGAGCACUUGACAGAGAUGUCGGUCCGUGGACUCGACUUGUUCCGUUAUGCACGCAUCAAUGAGGGCGUCUACCAGUGCACAGAGUGUGCUAAAGAGGAUUUGCAAAAGACUUUCAAGAAUAAAUACAGCUUCCAGCGGCAUGCCUUCCUGUAUCACGAGGGUAAGGUGCGCAAGGUGUUUCCUUGCACGUUGUGCGGCAAGGAAUUUUCACGUCCGGAUAAGAUGAAAAAUCACCUAAAGAUGGCGCAUGAGAAUUUCGUUGCACGCGACACCAGUAGCUUUAAUCCACUAAACUAUUUAAUAACGGCGGCAACGGCCGAAGAAAUGCAAACUGCUAUAUUUACCGCAAGCGCUGCAGCGCAGCAGCAACAACAGCAGCAGCAGCAACAACAACAAAGAGCAAUCGGUCAGGACGAUUACUUGGGCAAUGGUGUUAGUAUUGUCAAUACAACGCCGCGGGAUCGUGGCAAUUCGCGGUCGGCAUCGCCAAACGCAGCAGCGGUCCUGCUGAAGUCGCAGAAUGAAUUGACCAUCAAGAACGAGAUUGUGAUCUCUCCUUCACCCUCACCCGAACCAAUCAUGUCCGUGCCAAGGAAUGGCACAGCGCCAUCAGCACUUGCUGUAGUAACAAAAGCGACAAAUAUGUCCGUUUUACAGGCGAAACGCAUAACGCAAAGACUGGAAGAGGUGAAUUAAGUUUAAAUUAACUAAAAUGCCACUAAAUAAUUAUUAUUCAUUAGGUGUAGUGUGUUGUGUUUAAAAACACAUUAAUGUUUAGUAAGUUUUAAACUUUUAUUUUUUUUUUUGGUAGGCCGCAAAGUGCAAGAAAUAGUAUACAAUAAUAACUUUAAUGGUUGUGUCGAUAUGGACGCGCAACUGAAAAGUCUGACUUAUCUAUAAAAUAAUGCACAAAACUCGACUCAUUUACUUAAAUACUUAGAUACAUAAAUAUUUUUUAAUGUAGUUAACUAUUUUACAUACAUAUGUAUAUGAUAAUUUAGAAGCGAAAUACUAGUGGUAAUAGCUAGAGUGGAAAAAAAUGUUGAUAAAAUGCACAAACAAUUAACUUGGCACAAAUAUGAUAUUACAAGUUUGCGUAAAUACUUAUGUACAUUAUGUAUGUAAUUUCAAUAUUUUGAAUAGUUUUUCUAAAACAAAAAUUAUGAAGCGCACAAAGAAGGCCUUAAAAACAUUAGGCAUACAUUUACUUGAUGAAUAUACCUAUAUUAUAUACAAAUUGAAAGAAUUAUAUUUAUAUGAAAACUUUAAGCAAUAUUUAGUCAUAAGUUUAAACAUUUUAUAAGCAUUUAAUUUGUAAAUAAUCUAAGAGCCGUCCAUUUUUAUCCCUCAAAUUAGGCACCUACAUGCAUAUGAAUAUAUGUGCGUACGCAUAUACAUAUAUUGUUGCAAUUAUUAACUUAAAAUGUAAUUUAUACUUACAAAAUUAGUUUUCAUGCACUUUUAUUUAUUUUAUUUAACUCAGUUUAUUUAAUUUAUUAUAUGAAAAGUUAUCUUUUGUAUUGUGUUGAAAUUUUUCAACACUAAAAUAGUCGAUUGCCGUUGGCAGACUGCUAAGCUAGUGGUUUAAAUAGUUUCAUUUGACAAUGACUGCUCCUUAUUUUCUUAUGCCUAGUCUUUAAAGCCUUAAAAUACGAUUAUUAGUCUUAAUAAAGUUAAUAGUAAAUAGUAUACUACAGAAAUAUUAGCUGAUAUUAUAUAUGCAUAUGUUCACAAUUAUAUAUAAAUAUUUAGGUUUGUGGAUUUCUGAAAAACACUAUAAAGAAGGAUUAAACAUCACUACACACUUACAAGUUUGUACAUAUAAAAAGGUCAGAAUUACAUUACAUGUAUUUCUCUAGAAAUUUGGGUCUGAGAAGUGUCAGUAUAUUUUUUUUACUCCAUUUUUUAUUUUAUUCUUAAACAAUUUCUGUUGAAUAUUUAUACAUAUUUUAUUCAAAUCGUGCUAUUUUUUAUUCUCAUUAUGUAUUUUACUUAUUGGCACAGCCUUGCGAAUAUGUUUAUAUUUCAUAUUUCAUUAAAUUUCAUUUCAAGAUUUGCAAAAAUUCUUUGAUUAUGUUGAAUUAACUGUAUUAAUUUAAGGGUUAUGGCCACUCCAACGGACAAAAAAUAAUGUACAGAUUCAUAAAUUUUUUUCGUGACAUAAUCAUUUAUUCACAGAACUAAUCAAGCACUAUCAAGUUGAACCUCAAGUUGAUGAAAAUUUAUUUUUUCCGGUUAAUUUUGUUGACUAUAAUAAAAAAAUCGUGCUAUGUCUCUUUGAUCCCUUUUUAAGCACGCUGCGGCGAACUUUUUGGAAAACACAAUUGUCGUCUUGGAGCAAAGCAAAAAAAAAACAAAAGCAACGUCAUUAAUCUACCUAAGAAUACUCAUAAAAGUAAUAAUACUUAGGGAAAUUUUAAAACAUAGAUUCUUUCAAAAAAUAUAUGUAAGCAUUUGAACCUAAAAAUUUAAUAAUUUCGUAAUAAACUGGCAUAAAACAGUUUUGAAUCAAUCGCAAUUUCCCUACAUACUUCUAUGCAAAAUCCAAUUCUAAAGAUAAUCCUAAAAUUUGAAGUUGAUCGAAAAGGAUUGGCAAAGCUAGUUGUCUCACCUAUUGAAAAAAAUAAGAAAAACGAGUUUAAUUGAACCGGAGGUUGACUUGCCGUAUACCCUUAAUAUCAUUUGAUAUUAUAUUUUCCUCACUACAAAUAAACUUAAAACAGUCUUAAAAAAAGUUUCCAAAUCUUUGUUGGAUAUAUUAAAAUACACCUUAUGUAACCAACUAAUACAACUUUUUAAAAACGUUUUGAUUAUUACUAAUGUUUGCUUGUAUAAAAUAUAAGAAAUUGUUAUAGCCUUUUUGAAUUCUAAUAAAAAAUCAACACAACUCAUAAAAGCCGGCAAAACAAACCAUUUUUGUAUUUUUGCGUAAAUUCGUUAAAGCAAAUUUUUUAAAAUUUCAUUUUUGAAGUUAUAAUUGCAGAUUGAAAAUACCGAAAGUUAAAUUUGGCUAUAAAAUUGUAUAUCUUUUUACACAUAUUAUUUAUUUUUAAACCAAAUUUUAUAUUAUUAGCAAAUUUUCCGGAUAAUAUGUUUGUUAUUUGUGAUCUUUUCUCAAGCUACUUGAAACUUACUUAAUAUUAUGUAUUUUAAUUUAACUUUAUUAUUUGUAAAUAUUAUUUAUCAAAAAUGUAUUUAAGUUAAUACUCAACAGCUAAUAUCGCAUAUUAAAAGCAAUAAUUGCAAAUAUUUAACACAUAAAUAGAUUAAGUUAAAACGCAAGACUUAUGCAACAAAUUUUAUAGAUUUAUUUACGCCACGCUCAAUUGUGAAACAUGUAAAUAAUACAUAUUUCAUUUGCAUCGAAAGUUAUAUGUACUAUUCACUGGAAGUUAUAAUUUAAAAGUUUUUUAGUAUGUAUGAUAAAAUAGAUGCUCAAGACUUUUUCCAGUGAUAGUUCUAUUAUCAAAACAGCUAGUUUCUAACACAAACUAGUUCUCCACUCACUUACAAUUAUUUAGGCAAUUCAAGGCUUAAGCCAGCGCGAAAAUAUCAAAAUGUAUCUACCUAAAUUAAAUUUAUUUAAUAUUGUAACUAAACUUUUUCACCUAAUGUAGUUUAGGGCUGAGAAAUUGCAAGACUUUUGCAUACAUAAUAAAAAUAUAUGCCUUUAUACUUAUUUCAAGCAAACAUAAA